AUGAGCGCAGCCCGGCAGGGCGGCGGCGGGCGGGCGGCGGCGGCGGCGGGGCCCGGCGCGGGGCCCGCCCCGACGUGUGAGAACGGCGGCUGCGGCGCGGCGGACGCCCGGGAAGCGCGGCCCAGCGCGGCCAAGCUCCUGCGUCUGCUGUCGGGGGGCCGCCCGCGGCUGGCCGGCGCCGAGCGGCCCCGCUCCGUGGUGCUGGUGCGCAGCGCGUCCACCUGGACGGCGCUCGCGUCCCUCCGCAAGGCGGGCUCGUUCAAGCGGCUCAAGGCGUCCGUGCUGCAGGGCAUCCAGAGCCGCGGCGACGGGGCGCGCGGGGCGCGGGACAGCACCGCAGCGCCGGGGCCGCCGAAGUCCGUCCCCAACGGCGCGCCCUGCGCCUGCCCGCCGGCCCGGGGCCCCUCCCCCGCGCGCGCGGGCGCGUCGGACGGCUCGGACCCGGAGGAGACGGCCGACGACGCCUUCCAGCGCAGCACGCACCGCUCCCGCAGCCUGCGCCGCGCCUACGGCCUGGGCCGCAUCCGCCUGCUGGACGCCGACGCGCCGCCGCCCCGCGCCCCGGGCCCCGCCGGCCCCAGGAGCCGGAGCUCGGACGGCGCGCGCUCCCCGGCGCAGAGCACUUGCAAGCGCAAGUUCGCCGCCAGCCUGGCCGAGCUCAAGAGCGCGCGGGACCAGCCGGCCCCCCGGAGGACGCUGAGCAGCUCGUCGGCCGACUCGGAGCGCUCGGGGGGCUCGGAGAGAAGCACCAAGCGCUGGAAGAGCCCGGUCCGCGUCCUGAGGCUGGUGAGCGGCUCGGCCGAGGGCGCCUGGCGGAGGGAGGCGGCCCGGGAGCCCCCGCCGAAGCCCCGGCCCCGCAGCGCGCUGCACGACGACUACUCUCGCCGCGCGUCGGCGGGCAGCGAGCAGGCGCGCAGGGGCCGAUCGGCAUCCCUGCACAGCGUGUACGCAGCCGUGGACUUCGGGUCCGUGCCCGUGGUGGACGUGGACACGGCGGUGUUUCCCCUCGAACCCGCACCCCCCGCGGCAUCUGCGUCCGCAGACGCUGGACCAGGAGCCGGUGAUGCAGCAUCCAGCUCAGCUGCGCCGGGAAGCGCGGCCGCAUCCAGCUCAGCUCAGGAAAGGCGUGGAGAGCUGUCGGAUGCCCAGAAACCCGGCCGCCCGGCUCCCGGGGAUCCCGAACACCUGAUCUCCCCGCCCAGGCCCGCCACGCCCAAGCCCCGCAGUCCGCAGAGCCCGUGUGCUGGGGGUCUCCGCAGCCUCAGCUCGCGGCCCUUGAGCGCGGUGACUGGUGAAGACGGAGCCCAGGUGCCCUCAUCCCUCCGGGAUUCUGCAUCCAGCAGGAGCGACGAUGAUGGCCUUCUAGACCCGGCCGGCAACCAUGCCCCAUCGAGUCCCAGGGAGGAAGGGAGAGAAGAGGUAAGGACUGGGCUUGUCCGGGUAAUGCUGCUGUGGGUGUCUACCCUGGCGUUGCCCUGCGAGUUCCGAGUCUCGUGCCCGUCUCCUGGAGAAUGA